GGAUGGAGGCACGCCGCCAGUGUGCGCCUCUCUGUCUCGCGCACGCGCCAUGGCGCGCUGCGGCUGCCAGCGAACAACAGAACGCGCGAGCCGCCUUCCAAGGGCGGAAGCUACCUCGCCCGCUGCGGCUGAGAGCCAUGCUGCCGCAUGACUGCAUGCGUCCCGCUGCUGGACAGGAGACGUGCCGAGCCAUGGUGGGAUGAAGUGCUGCGGCAAAGCGCGAGCUGCGGCAGUCUGCGGGAUCUGACGCGGUGCGCUCGCCCUCGUUCUCGCGCGCGUGCCGCCGCUCCCGGUCCGCCGCGCCUUGCUCUCUCGCCGCCGCGCCGCGCUUCUCUCACCUUCUCCCACCAUUCCGCACCCCAACGCACCACCCACAUGUCCUCUCCACCCGCCGCCGAGCUCGCAAGCUCCGAAGGCGUCGCCUCGCCCGUCCUCACCGACGCUGACGGCGCGCCCGCCUCGCUCGACGGCUCGCUCGACGGCGCCGCGGCACACGAUGAUGAGGAGCACGCCGACGGCGCCGAGGCGCCAGAGGGCAACGGCAGCGCAUCGCCUGAGCACACAGGCAACGGCGUCGUCUCGCCUGCGCCGUCUGCAGAUGCCGCACCGGCUGCCAAGGCGCCCGGCUCGGUGGCCGGCACGCCCAAGAAGCCUGCAGCCGCCGGCGCCGCAAAGCCCGGCGUGCGUGCGCCGCUGACGGCCGGCGUCAAGCCAGCAGUGCGGCCAGGCGUCAAGCCAGCAGGCACGACAGGCACAGCGGCGCCGCGCUCGAGCGUGGCAGGCAAGCCGGCUGUGCCUGCUGCUCGCACCACCACGACGGCCGCCCGGCCAGCUGUCGGCACCGCUGCAGCACGCACGACUGCCGCCGCCAAGCCUGCUGCUGCUGGAGCUGCCAAGCCUGCAGUGUCUGCGACGGCCACUCGCACCGCAGCGGCGCGCCCGUCGACGGUCGGCACGGCUGCGGCACGCACGACGCCUGCCGCCAGCAGCGCCGCCGUGCGCAAGCCGGGCGUGCCUGCCAGCUCCAGCGCCGCCAGCACGCCGGUAAAGAAGCCGCUCGCUGCAUCGACAUCCGGCGCCACGGCUGUGGCUCGUUCAGCGACCGGCGCUGCGGCCGCGCGCCCGCCGAGCACCACCGCGACGCGCCCGCCGCUGUCCGGCACUGCCACGUCUGCCCGUCGCCUCAGCUCCGCCAGCACCAGCACUACGGCCUCGACGCGCCCGGCCGCUCCUCGCAGCAGCGUCACGCCCACGAGCGCCGCUGCUGCUGGCACCAAGCCAAAGACGGCGUCGGAGUUCCGCGAGGAGAUCGCCCGUCUCGAGAAGGAGGUCGAGGCACGCGACGCCAAGCUGGAGAGUCUGCAGUCAGAGCUCGACAAGAAGGAGACGGCGCCUGCAGAUCCCGAGGGAGACGCAGCGCUCCAGCAAGAGCUGGAGCAGCUCAAGUCCGAGCUGCAGGGACGUCCCACCGGCGAGCGAGUCGGGGAGCUCGAGGCGGAACUCGCAGGCGCCAAGAAGCAACUGCAGGACGCAGAGGCUGCUCACAGCGACGCCGCUCGUGCUCGCUCAGACUCAGCAUCGGCGGAGCAGGAGCAGCUGCGUGGCGAAGUCCAGGCGCUGCAGUCCGAGCUAGACGACAUCAAGGCGCAGCGUGACUCCAUUCGUUCUAGCUCCGACUCAGCAUCGGCAGAGCAGGAGCAGCUGCGUGGCGAAGUCCGGGCGCUGCGUUCCGAGCUCGACGACGUCAAGACGCAGCGCGACUCCGCUCGUUCUCACUUCGACUCGGCAUCAGCAGAGCUGGAGCAGCUGCGUGGUCAGCUGAAUGCGCUGCAGGACGAGCUCGACGACGUCAAGACGCAGCGCGACUCCGCUCGUUCUCACUUCGACUCGGCAUCAGCAGAGCUGGAGCAGCUGCGUGGUCAGCUGAAUGCGCUGCAGGACGAGCUGACGGCAGCAAAGGCUGGCACCGCAGAUGCGGCGACGGCUCAAGGCGAGCUAAAGGCGCUCACCUCGCAGCUCGAGGACGUCCAGAAGGAGCGGGACACGCUGCAGUCCCAGCUGGACGAGGCGGAACGGCGCGCCAGCGACGCCGAGACGCUGCGAGGCGAGCUCGGCCAAGCAAGAUCCCGUGCCCGCGACGCAGACUCGCUGGAGUCGGAGCUCGCGUCGCUGAAACGGCAAGUCGACGAGGCAACGGCCGGCGCCAGCGACGCUCAGAAGCUGCAGGUCGAGCUGGACGACAUCAAGCAGCGGCUCGCGGCAGCACAGCAAGACGCUGCCACAGUCGAGCAGCUGCAGCAGGACCUCGACUCGGCCCGUCGUACCGGCGGCGAUGCAGCACAGCUGCAACAGGAGCUGGACGCGCUCAGGACGCAGCACGGCUCUGCUCUCGAGCAGCUGCGAGCUGAUCACGCGACGACUCUGGACGACGCCGUUAAGCAGGCACGCGAGGCGACACACUCUGAGCUGAGCGCCACACACGAGAAAAGUCUCGACGAGCUGCGCUCGACGCACGAUGCGGCACUCGAGUCGUCGCGCAGGUCGGGCGGCGAUGCUGCUCAGGCCUUUGAGCAGGAAGUGGCCUCGCUGCGUGCCCAGCUCGAGAGCCAGCAGCGUGCCUUUGACGAGCGUCUUGAGACUGUGCAGAGCGAGCACGCGGCCAACCUGGCGGAGAUGCUGCGCACAAGUCAGGACGAGGCCGCCUCCUCGCACGGCAACGAGCUGACAGCCGCACGCGAGGAGCUCGAGCGCGUCUCGGCGCAGCUCAAGUCGCUCAAGGACGAGGCAGGCCGUGCCUCGGAGGCACGUCAGGCGCUCGAGAAGCGCGCUACCUCGGCCGAGGCCGAGGUGCAGAAGUCCCGUGCAGCAGACGCAGCCGCAGCCCAUGCUUCGAACGGCACGGCGGCCGAGCUGGAGCGCCUGAAGGCAGAGCUGCGCGACAGCCAGGAGGCGCUCGCUCAGACACAAGGUGCCUUCGCCGGUCAGCUCGACGAGAUGGCCAAUGCGCAGCGCAGCAUGAUGCAGGAGGGCGCCGACCGCCGGGCAAAGGACAUCAAGGAGCUCAAAGUCGCGCACGAGAGGGAGGUGCAGCGGCACAUCUCCAAGCACACGCAGGACGCACAGUCGCUCAUGGCGCUGCAGGACCAGCUCAACGCCGCCGAGCGGCAGGUCAACGAGGCGCAGGCGCGUGCUCGUGCCGCUGAGAGCAAGGCGGCCACGCCGGUGGUCAAUGUGCCGUCGGACGCGUCCGAGGAUCUGAUCGAGCUGCACAAUCUGCACAACCAGAAGCUCGAGUAUCUCACGAAGCAGCACGCCGAGGCCAAGCAGGUGUGUGGACCGCAGCCGCUACGCGCCGGGCACCGCUCAUGCUGACCCUGCACGCCAGACGCUUGAGGAGGAGCUGGCUACGGCAAAGGCGUACGCGGAGCAGGCAGACGAGGCUCUGCGCUCGGCCAAGCUGGAGC